GAGUGCUAAUCAAGUGCCUGCAUCUCAGGUCACUUAUUUAAAGCUUAAAACGAAAGCGCUUUUCGAUAGACUUGAAAAUCGAUAUGCCGAAUUGGACGUGGAUACAUUAAGUCAUAUGGUUUUGUGUGAGUUACGUGUGCUCUUGGACUCUGUCACCAAUCUAUGUAUGUAGAUUCAAAUUUCGAUGCGGUUCUCACUAGCUUAGAGGGAUCGGAUUUCGAGUCCAUAUCUAGUGAUUUAUCUGCUAAAUUUGAAGCAAUUCUACUGAAAUUUAAGGCCUUGCUUCAGCGCGAACUGGAAGGUCGGUCAAAUCAACAACUUUCUUCGACGCUUAAUACAAGUAUUACAAAUACGUAUCCCGCGCUCGUUAUGGCAAAUCGGUCCCGUUUGCCGCAGCUGGAAUUGCCAAAAUUUAGUGGAACAUAUACUGAGUGGGAAAACAUUUCUCUAUGUUCAAAUCGAUAAUAGAUGCUGACUCUAAUCUCAGCCCUAUUGAGAAGUUCCAACAUCUUCGAUCCUGCUAAAGUGGUGCUGCGUUAGACACCAUCAGCUCAUUAGAAAUAAAGAAGGCUAACAUAUCGUCGUUCUGGAUAUUCUUCAACGUCGAUUUGAUAAUAAAAGUUUUAUUUUACAGGCACGCAUCAGAGCGAUAUUUGGGCUUGAGAAGGCAGAUGCAUCUGUGGGCAGGCUGAGGCAGCUGGCGGAUAAAGUCACAUCUCAAAUUCGUGCUAUGGAUUCUCUUGCAUCGCGGGAAGAAGUUGCUGAUUGUAUCAUCGUGUAAACAGUGUUGCAGAAAUUGGAUAAGUACACUCAGGCCAAAUGGGAGGAAUGCUCAUCGGCUAAUGAGUUACCAUCGUGGGCCAAGUUGUCAACGUUCUUGCAAGAGCGGUGUCGAAUGCUUGAAGAUGUGGAUCACGUUUGGCAGGAUGGUCAGAUCCUGGAAGAUCUCUGUUCUGCAACUCAACCUCUCUCAACGUGCGAACGGAGGAGGCAAGAAGCGGUUGAAUCCCGAGGCGCCAUGCUGGAUCCCGGCAUCGGAGGAGCGAAAAGCUCAGGACUUGGAACCCGACUUAAAGGAAUUUCUGGAGACUGAGCUGACACUCUUCGAGAAUCUCGAGGGAGUGUCUCACAUCACGGAACAUAGCAACAGGAUGCGAGACAAGCGUCUCAAGCAGAGGUACUACCCUAAGAACCUAAGAACCCGGCCAUGCAGAAGGUAAUUAACUAGCAGGUCGACGAAGUAACAGCACAUGGUUAACUUGAAGGAGGUUUUCCGACAAUUAAGAGCGGCUAACCUUAAGGUCAAUAGGAAGAAGUGCAGUUUCUUUCAGGAAAAGUUUGCCUGCCUUUGUCACGAUAUAAGUGGAGAGGGGAUCUGCACAGAUCCCGCGAAGGUCGAGCCGAUACGAAGCCUCCCGGCUCCGAAGAACCUGAAAAGUUACGGCAAUGUCUGGGGAUGGCGUUCUGGUACAGGCGGUUUGUGCUAAGCUUCGUAUCGUUGGACAAUGGGCCGAUGACAACGUUGCUUAAAAGGGGUCAGAAAUGAGCCUGGGCCGAGGAACAAAAGGACGCGCUGCGGAAACUAAGGAAAGGCGCUACGAUGGCAACAGUCUUGGCAUGCCCCGACUUCUUGAAGAAAUUCGUGUUGCAAACCGACUCCAGCGAUUGCGGCUUGGGCGCGGCGUUGACGCAGGAAGUCGAGGUAUAAGAACGAGUUACAGCCUGCGCCAGAUGAAAAUUGGUAAACGCGGAAAUGAAUUACUCGGCCACGGAGAAAGAGUGCCUUAUGAUCGUUUUGGGCGAUCAGAAAGAUGCGCCGCUAUCUGGAGGCGUUCAACGUGGUCACGGAUCAUCUGGCACUGAAAUGGUUUAGCUCCAUAAAAAGCUCCAGGAUCGCUCGAUGCGCAUUAGAACUGCAACAAUAGCAAUUGGACGGCCGCUAUAGUCGAAGGACCCUGAACGUGGUGGCCGACGUAUUGUUUCGGAAACUCCUAGACAGCUGUCAAAAAGCGGUGGAGGAGUGGCAAUUGACGAGAGUUUCUAAGACACUGACGGCUACACACUCAGUCACAAUAACGUCCUCGCCUAAUGUCAAACCUAUUGUUAAUAAGUAGUAAGCUUUGACAAAUCACAAUACUGACAUGGUAGUUUGAAGAAGGCCGUAACGGUCAAGAAAAGGGGAAGAGAAGGGGAAUAGCAUACAUAACGGAAUGGAACACGAAGUCAUUAGAUGUGAGCGACACCGACACGGAACCCUUUCCGGUUAAGGAACAUGGACGGUGAGGCGUCCCGAGGAUAGGCCAGGAUUACUACCGAUCUCGCGUGGACCCCCUGGUCCACCAGUCCUCGGUUAACAUCACGAAGAGGCUGGAUGGAUUCAUGAUCCAGUUGCCUCAGUCGCGAGGGACGGCGCCUUAUAUGGAGGACUCGCCCUCUCCCCCACCUCCGACAGCGAUAUCGCGGCUGGAAGUACAUGCCACCUCCCAGAGGGAAGGCGAAGACGAGAGGGAUGGGCAAGUCCCACGCCAUGGUCAGAGGAAGGAGUCAAGCAGACGUAGGCGGAGCAGGGUAAAGACCAAUCCCCGUCGUGGAGGCAGGAUGGCGUCAGGGAACGCCGUGCCUCCGUCGUACCCCACGCUCCAGAGACCACAGCGCGGGACGAAACUCAAUGUCGAACCGGCCGUUGUGGACCCGGCGGGCAAUGAGCAGAACACGGGAGUCGCACAAUUCUAAAAGGUGACCAGUGAUGUGGAAGACGGGCAUCUCUCUAGUUGGUAAGGGGGAACAUGUGGCGGAGGCGUGGAGCCGGCUUAAGAACGCAAGAAAGAUUAUUCUAACGAGAGCGGGCAAAGUGACCAGGUAAACAUUAACCGUUAGACCGCAUUAGUUAAAACGUAGUUAAAGUAAGAAGAGAUAGAUGUGAAAUAAAUUAACAAUUGAAAUUGAAUACGCUGGUUAACUUCAUUGCCCUAACAGAUUAAUAAUUUAUGUACCUAUUCCCCCUCCACUCAUUUCGAUUAACGUGCCGUGGCACAAACCGACUUAAAUAGUGUAAGCACUAACCAAACAACACAUAGACUAGACAUGUAGAACUAACUUUUUGAACACCGAAAAAUCUGUACAGUAGCUACCAACAACUUCGUAUUCGCUCGGCUCGGUAUUUGCUGGCUAGGGUAAUGAAAGAUAGCACGACGAAAUCAGUGCGCUACAAGCACGCAAACGAAGUGGUCCCGUUGUAUGCGCUCUGCGUUUUUUGUCUACUCUCUCCACACUCUAUCUAUCUCUCUUUCUCUCUCACUCUCUCUCUUUCUAUGGUCUCUCAAAUCAUCAAGCUCAGCAGCGCAUGUUUGAAAACAUGUCAAUACUGGAACCUGCGAGUCAUCGAACAAAAAAUAAAAAUUUUUACAGCCACAACAUUUUUGGGCCCCUGGCAGAAUGUUCAAACAUGAACAUACAUAAUAAUAAAAAUAGAGACAGUACUCGAAUAACCUGCGCGUUAUCCGACACAAAGUAAUAAAUAUGUCAUCCCUUAGUUGCAGCGACUAAUGCAGCGUCUAAUAUAUGUAAAUGUAACGUGAGCCUGGGCCCAACGAUUCAAAAAAAAGGACACUUAAGUAAACAUCUGUGCACUUGUUUGUGUGAGAAAAUGCACCCUUCCAGAACUAGGAUUUUAAGCAAUAAACAGUUCAGUUUCCAUCUUGAAUUCGGCAAAUGUGGAGUUGUUUUAUUUUAACGCUCUAACAUUUUGGUCCUUCGGCGUUCUCUGUGUUUUCCCCCACCCGUGGUAAGAGACACAGAGAAAGGAACCAGCGUCUUAAUGCUGAUAGUUUUAAAAAAAAAAAACUCAGCUUAAGACAAAAUAUAGUAUAUUACUCUGUUUUCCCCCGCCAGUGGUAAGAGACAGAGUAUAUACAUAUAUAAACUGAAAAGUGGUGCUCAAAUUAAAAAAAAAAAGAAAAUUUGUAGUGCUGGUGAGUCUGCAUUCCCAAAAAGGGACUAGACAAAAUAAAAAAUUAAAAAUCCGAAAAGUUCGGUUCUCUCGCGUGAAGUGCGGAGAGAUGGAAAAAAUAAAAAAUUAAAAAUCCGAAAAGUUCGGUUCUCUCGCGUGAAGUGCGGAGAGAGAAAAACAAAAAACAAAAACAAAAAUUGAAGUGAUUCUGUUCUCUAGCGUGAAGUGCGGAGAGACGAAAAAAUAAUACAUAUAAAUCCGAAAAGUUCGGUUAAAAAAAAAAAACACAAAAAUCGAAGUAAUUCUGUUCACUCGCGCAAAGUG